GACCGAGGUGGUUGCCAUAACUGGGGCGUCUAGGGACAUGCUCGGUCAUGCGGCCGGAGAAGUCGGGCUUCUAUUGAUGACGCCCAUGGAGGAUGCGAACAGACGGGGUUCGGUUGUCAAUCUCCCCCACCGAACCCGCGUGGAAAUGAUCGUUAUAUAUAAUUCCGAGUCUUCGUGCGGCAUGCGCCUUUCCUGUCGUUGUCCCCGCACGUCGUGUAUGCACCCUCGACCAAAAUGCCCGACGAACAAAUCACCUUCGAAGAAAAGGCUUCUCAUCGCGAGCAGUCGCAGGAGAACGACACCCAGUCUCCGACGCCUGUGGUUGAUGUCGAGAAAUCCGCACCUCCAGCUAACCAGAUCGUCAUACCCGAUGGAGGAUUUCAGGCAUGGAUGUCUAUCGUGGGCGGGUGGCUCGUGUCAUUUUGUACUUUCGGGUUCGCGAGCUCGUUCGGAGUUUUUGAAGACUACUAUGUCCAGCACAGCACAGAAACCUCCUCGAACAUCAGUUGGAUUGGUUCACUGAUGUUGUUCUUCCUGUUUACCAUGGGUCUUCCAGCAGGGAAGCUCUUCGACAUGGGCUACUUCCACCAUCUCAUCGCCUUUGGCUCGCUUCUCCUUGUUUUCUGCAUGAUGAUGCUCUCCCUCGCGGACGUGACACACUAUUACGAGCUCAUCCUCGCACAAGGCAUUGGCAUCGGCCUCGGCGCAGGAUGCCUUCUAGUCCCCGCCCUCUCCGCUCAGUCACACCACUGGCGCCGGCGCCGCUCGUUUGCCAUGGGUCUCGUGCUGACGGGCUCCUCCGUCGGUGGUAUCAUCUAUCCGAUCAUGCUCAAUCAACUAUUCAACAACGGCGUCGGCUUCGCAUGGGGCGUGCGCGCUGCAGCUUUCAUGACGCUCGGCCUGCUCGUCAUUGCGAACUUCGCGCUGACUACACGUCUGCCGAGCCGGAGAGACAGGAAACGCUUGGGCCUCCCGGAACCUGACCAUAAGCCGAAGAUCUCCUCUGUGCUGACAGAUCCACCGUACAUCAUUGCGAACAUUGGCGCUUUCUUGGGAUUGUGGGGUGUGUUCUUGCCGUAUUUCUACCUUCAGCUGUUCGUCAACGCGCACGGACUUUCGAAGAACUUGGCCUUUUACAGCAUCUCUAUCCUGAACGCAGCGUCCAUCAUAGGGCGAACGGUCCCGAACGCUCUGUCAGACCGCUUCGGCGCGUUCAACACGCUUACGCCCGUCUCGCUCAUCAUCGGCGGACUUUUGUGGGUGAUGUUCGGCGCGACGACACCCGGCGGCGUAAUUGUAUUCUCCAUCCUCUACGGCGCGUUCUCCGGAGGGUUCAUAUCCCUCCUCCCACCAACGUUUGCAUCGAUGGCGAAGCACCCAGAAGAGAUUGGUGUCCGCAUAGGCUUUGGAUACUGCUUCAGCGCCCUUGCGUUGCUCACAGGCACACCAAUCGACGGUGCGCUCCUCGGAUCUCACGAUGCCUGGGCGAAGCCGAUCAUCUUCAGUGGGGUCGUCAUCCUCGCAGGAACGGCAUGCUUGGCCACCGCACGGAUGAUAGUCACGAAGCAGAAGGGCACAUGGAAAGCGUGAACCGCGCGCCUGCCUCCUGCACGCCCCCUUUUCAUAGAGGCGCGACGGUCCCCGUCGCUCCAUUCCUGAUGUAUCACCACACAGCUGCAUACUGAUUCCUCACAUCUCGCAUUGGACCAACAUCGUGCAUCUCACUUUUUUGUUUCGCAUAAUAACUACUGUACUGCUUUGUUGUUAUGUCUGCGCGUACUACGCUAGACUGCAUGAGCUACGUAUACCACUUGAGUACGGCUGCAAUGAUAUUACGAUUUUGAACGC